GAAACCUAACAUGCGUGUUCAAUUUGAAUUGCCCACUCUCUUAGCCUGCUUUAUGAUUUAAGCUGCUGCUCCAUAUCCAAAUGAAGUUGAACGUGUCUCCUCCGUGCGCGCGCACACACAUACACAUUCUCAUCUCCAGACUCCAUCACCACCAGCUUCCCCGCGUCUUAGCUUCUAAUUAAUCCACUGUGCAGCUUUGCUAGCUUUUAGAAGAAAGUAAUGUUGUAGGGGUAUAGGGAGGUGGGUGAGAUGAAGAUUGAGGUGAAGAAGUGGAGUAUGGUAUGCCCAGCAAAGGAUACCCCCAAACACACCCUCUGGAUGUCCAACUUGGACUUGGUGGUUCCUAGAAUUCACGUGCCCACUGUCUACUUGUACAAGCCCAACGCUUUUUGUUCCAAUUUCUUCGACGCCAGUAGGCUUAAGGAGGCUCUCAGCGACGCUCUUGUCCAAUUCUAUCCGGUGGCCGGAAGGUUGGGGUUGGAUGCAAAUGGUAGAAUUCAAAUCAACUGUAAUGGAGAGGGUGUGUUAUUUCAGGAGGCGGAAGCGGAUGCUAUUAUUGAUGACUUGGGUGACUUCACGCCUAGUCACCGACUACGGCACCUCAUUCCGGUGGUGGACCAUUCUGCCCACAUUUCUUCUUAUCCGCUCCUCCUCUUACAAGUAACUUACUUUAAGUGUGGGGGAGUCUGCCUCGGUGUGGCCAUUCACCACAUGGUAGCCGACGGCAGCGGUUGCAUCCAUUUCAUCAACUCAUGGUCUGAUAUCACACAUGGUAUCCCCAUCGCCAUCUCACCCUUCUUUGAUCGGACGAUUCUCCGUGCUCGUGACCCGCCUGCUCCAAGAUUCUCCCACGUGGAAUACCAUCCUCCACCUCCUCUCCACGGCCCAUCCACCCCUAAGCCCACUUCCACGCUCAUCCUUCAUCUCACACCUGAGCACCUCAACACCCUCAAAGCCAAAUCUGUGCGCCAUGGAAGCCCAAGCCCAAGCUCAGUGAAAUAUAGUACCUAUGAAACCCUGGCAGCCCACUUGUGGCGCUGCAUAUGCAAGGCACGUGGCCUCUCCCAUGAUCAACCCACCAAAUUGUACAUCCCCACCGAUGGACGGUUGAGGUUGCGUCCUACACUCCCACCUGGUUACUUUGGGAAUGCACUUUUCACGUCGACGUUAACUGCCAAGUCGGGUGAUCUCCAAUCUGAAGCCUUGUCAGACACCGUUCAGAGGAUUCACAACGCAAUAGCAGGAAUGGAGGAUGAGUAUCUGAGAUCGGCUGUUGACUACCUUGAGAUGCAGCCAAAUCUAACGGCUCUAGUUAGAGGGGCUCACACAUUCCGCAGCCCGAACCUCGUGGUUGGGAGCUGGACACGACUACCAAUCCAUGAUGCGAAUUUUGGGUGGGGAAGGCCCAUGCACAUGGGGCUGGGGAGUGGGGUGUUCGAGGGAAAUGUAUGCAUACAGCGGAGCCCAACCAAGGACAACCAUUUGUCUGUGGUGAUAUGCUUAGAGGCUCAGCCCAUGCAACUCUUCAAGGAUUUGUUAUAUGACAUCUGAAGGAAAUGCAGGUCACCCAAAAGCCCAUUCCUCCUAUGCUCUUCUUCCAGUAAUCUAUUAUUGCUUAUUGGCAUUCAAGCCUAUAAUAUAUUAGCCUGUUUGUCUCCUUAGAAAGGGGAAUACUUCAGAAGAAAAGAAAAGCUGUGUAUAAGUCUCCUCAUUAAUAUCUUACCAGAGGCUCCAGGAAAGCAGCAGAAGCUGAGGGAAAUUUCUUCUCAA